AUGACAACUGGUAGACCGGAUAACUCGAAACAAUUUAGCACUCCUCACACCAUAGUCAGGAAGAUGCGGCGGAAGUGCUCACUCAUCUCCGUGCACUCCGUUAAUUUCUCCUCGAUCCAAGGAGCUUGUGCGCUGUCAAUAUCCGAAUUCUCUGGGUAUCAUUCCAGGAACUGUACCUCGAAGAAGAUCCGCGCGUCUGUAGCCCUUACUUGGAAUCUGGCUUGCGGAACUGGGCUGGGCAGGGGGAGAACUGUGUUAGCAGUGUUGAAGGCGUGGAGUAGCGCGGUCCAUAUUCUAGAAUUGUCUAGAGGGAGCACGAAACAGAAUGAUUCGCCGGGAAGUCAAUGGAACGGUUGGAGUGAUUACACUGUCAUCCACUCCAGCGCUGUCCUACUACUUAAUUAUGUGGUAUUUGCCAGCCUCCCCCAGAGCUUCACCCAAUUGACGUACAGAACAACAGCCAACGCCUGCUUGGGGUUUUAUCAGUCCCGCCGAAUGAGCUCUGUCAACACUUUGACAUGUCUGGCAUUUUCACCCGAUGGCCAGAAAAUUGCCAGCGGCACUGCUCGUUCGGGGGUGACCGUUACCGACAUCUCGUCGGAGAGCAGGCACCAACUAGAAAUGCUUGCAGACACCUACACACACGCCAUUGCUGUAGCAUGGUCUCCGGACGGAAAAAAAAUCAUGAGCGCGUCACUAGACCGCACGAUGCGUUGUUGGAAUGCUACUUCAUCGCACGCUCUCGGACCACCCUUUGAAGGACACAAAGACGUGAUCGUCGCUGCGGGAUUUCUCCCUCACUCGCCUCACGCAAUAAGCUUGUCAAAGGAUGGAGAGCUACUCAUAUGGAACACAGGGAGCGGGGUGAUAGCUCGGCAAGCAACAGUGUCAGACGAUGAUCAAACCUUGUUUGCGGUGGCUCUGUCCGUGGAUGGCACUCUUCUUGUCACUAGCAAUACAAAGGAGGGUAUUGCUUGGGAGAUACCCACGUGUGUGCGAAUGGCAGAUAUUGCACUUCCAGAUGUGCCAUUACUUCAAGCCGCCAUUAUUCCGGAUAGUCAUCGCCGAGUAGUGCUCGUAUUUGGCGACAAGUCUUUCUGGAUAUGGGACACAAACACUGGGACGUAUGACGAUGCACGUUUUGAGGGCCUCGAUGAAGAUGCAAUCCCCUCUGCCGUGGCCGUUUCUCCUGAUGGCAGAUUUCUGGCACUGGGAAUCGACGGCGAUAACGAUCACCCCACUCAUUUCUAUGAUAUGAAGGGUCACGAAAUUGGCAACUUAAACGUCAGAUGUACCGAUCCUUUUGCAUUUUCACCGGAUGGCAAGUAUUUUGCGGCCUCGAGUGUGCCCUCAGAUUCUAAGGAUGACUCCUACAAGCUAGUUAUCCGUCCAGUGAAAGAGGCAAGGAAACUUCGACCACACGUUCCUGCAACGACUACCCCGAGAGACAAAGGAAAACAACGUUCACCAGGACUCAGCCCAGGCUUUUUCGAUACAUUGCCACAUAGCUCUGUCGGUGCAAAGGGCAGCGCUGUGAGAUGUCCUAAACUCGAACUCAAACGCAAAAUAGACCUGGACCCUCCUCAAAGCUCUGCUCACCAGCAGGCCCCCCCAAGGUCUGACAGUCAGACACGGCGUAUUCUACCUCUUAGCAACAUUUGGAAGCGCAUUCGUCACCCUCGAUCUCACAAGGCAAGGUCCACCCAACAAGCCGAGGUACCAACUGCACAAGCUCUAAGGGAAUUUUUCCAGAGGACUGUAGUUUCACCUCCACGCCAGAAACCGUCCGCUCAGAAGAACUCGGGCCGGUCUUCUGGUGAUUCCAGAGCAAAGUCCCAUUUGCAUUCAGCGUCGACAGGGGAAACCUCAACUCAGCCUUCUAGUGAGACCGGGCAGAGAUCCGCGGCUUUACCAUUGCGCCAGAUAAUAUCAGUUCAGGAAGACCCGGCGGAGUCUUCUAGUCAGGCCAGACAACGAGGGCACGACCAAGGCCCUAACGAUAGAGAGGACUUGGAGAGCGAUGAUGGUAUUGUUUAUAGGACCCGGGAUACCGAGAGCGUCGAAACGCAUGGAUGCUGGAAUACCUUCUGGAAGUGGUUUUGCUACAAGGGCGAGUUUCUUAAUAUCUCUAGUUGA